CUGCAUGAGUGGUACUUACAGUACUGCAGCCUCAGGAGAGGUGCUGCUGGAGCUCGUGCUCGUGCUUCCCCUCCUAGGCGGGAGCUGCCCUCUCCCCAGCGGCUCCGAGAGUGGUACGCUCGUCGCUGCAGUCUCCGGAGUGGCGCUACUAGUGUUACGGACCCUGCAGCUGGAGGUGCUGCUGGUGCUGGAGCUGCUGGAGGUGCUGCUGCUGCUGGCGGUGCUGUUGGCGCUGCUGGAGGUGCUGCUGGUGCUGCUGGAGCUGCUGGAGGUGCUGCUGGUACUGGUGCUGCUGGUGCUGGUUCUGCCGGAGCUGCUGGAGCUGCUGGAGGCACUGCUGCUACUGGCGGUGCUGCUGGAGGUGCUGCUGGAGUUGCUGGAGGUGCUGCUGCUGCUGGCGGUGUUGCUGGCGCUGCUGGAGGUGCUGCUGGUGCUGGUGCUGCUGGAGCUGCUGGAGGUGCUGCUGGUACUGGUGCUGCUGGUGCUGGUGCUGCUGGAGCUGCUGGAGGUGCUGCUGGAGCUGCUGGAGGUUCUGCUGGUACUGGUGCUGCUGGUGCUAGUACUGCUGGAGCUGCUGGAGGUGCUGCUGGUGCUGGAGCUGCUGGAGGCACUGCUGCUGCUGGCGGUGCUGCUGGAGCUGCUGGAGGUGCUGGAGCUGCUGGGACUGGAGCUGCUGCGGGGGUUGGAGCUGGAGUUGCUGAGCGGCCGCGGCCGUACUACGUUCCGCUCCUUCAGCAGGUUCUUGGUCUCCCGCCCUCUACUGGUCCUACUCCUCCCCUACUGAGUCCACCGCCUGUCCAGUCCCAAGUCGCCUGUGUCCGGGCUGUCCGCGCUGGUCGUCGUGCUCCGCGUGAGCGUCCUCCUCCUGUCCUUGGCACUCACUAUAUGACCCUGCGUCCGUCCACUGCUCCACAGCGUGUCCCUCUGCCGUCUCCUCCUGCGUCCUCUCUUCCUGACGUUGCUGACCCGCCGUCAGACCUUACUCUAGCUGCCAGUCCUACUGUCGCGCGUCUCCUUACCACUGUUGUCACUGACCCUACCUUUGAGUCCUCUGCUGCGUCUGCUCUAGUCGCUGAGCUUGUUGACUUUGCUGCCGCCUGUCGUCUAGACUACGCCGCUAGCCUUGUUGCUGAGUCUGAGUCUGUCUGUCCUCUGUCCGUCGGGGGUGAGUGUGCUCUUGGCACGGACGUCCUUGAGGACAGACAGGAGGAGUUUGAGUGCUUUGCUGCUGCUUUACCUCAUCUCGUGUCCAUGCUGAUUGCCCCUGAGGGAGACCCGGAUCCACCAGACAUCCCGACCCCACGCUCCUACGCAGAGGCGAUGGAGGGUCUCUACUCCUCUCAGUGGCAGACAGCCAUGGACGCAGAGAUGGCUUCCUGGAAGUCCACAGGCACCUACGUCGACGAGGUUCCCCCACCUGGGGCGAACAUCGUCAGUGGCAUGUGGAUUUUCAGGGUGAAGCGGCCGCCGGGUUCUCCGCCUGUCUUCAAGGCGCGUUACGUUGCACGAGGCUUCAGUCAGCGAGAGGGAGUUGACUUCUUCCAGACCUUCUCCCCGACCCCGAAGAUGACCACUCUUCGGGUUCUGCUGCACGUCGCUGCUCAGCGUGACUACGAGCUCCACUGCCUUGACUUCAGCACUGCGUCCCUACAGGGCACCCUGCACGAGGAGAUCUGGCUGCGCCGCCCACCUGGCUUCACUGGGUCGUUCCCUCCUGGUACCCAGUGGAGCCUCCGGCGGCCAGUCUACAGUCUCCGCCAGGCACCCCGUGAGUGGCACGACACACUGAGGACUACUCUUGCUGCUCUUGGGUUUGCUCCUUCUACUGCUGACCCGUCGCUGUUUCUACGCACCGACACCACUCUGCCGCCGUUCUACGUUCUCGUGUACGUAGACGACUUGGUCUUUGCUACUGCUGACACUGAGGCACUCGCCCACGUGAAGUCGGAGCUGCAGAAGAGACACACGUGCACAGACCUGGGUGAGCUGACAAGCUAUCUUGGCUUGCGGAUCACCCGGGACAGAGCACAGCGCACCAUCACCUUGACUCAGUCACACAUGGUGCAGCAGGUCCUUCAGCGCUUCCGCUUCACGUACUCCUCGCCUCAGCCCACUCCUCUGCCUACCGGUCACUCGCUCUCAGCUCUGCCUUCGGAUGAGUCCGUAGAGCCGAGUGGCCCCUCCAAUUGUGAGGCUGAGAUCUACGCCACAGCCAUGGCUGCCCAGGAGCUUCGCUGGCUCACCUACCUGCUGACCGACCUGGGAGAGCGGCCUCGUUCUCCUCCAGUGCUGUACGUUGACAACAAGGCCGCCCUUGCCUUGUGUCAGGAGCACAGACUGGAGCACAGAACGAAGCACAUCGCUCUGCGCUACUUCCUUGCUCGAGAGCUGCAGCAGCGUGGUCAGCUUCGUCUUUCGUACGUGGCCACUCGGGCCAACACUGCUGAUGUGUUCACCAAGGCGCUUCAGCCUUGUGAUCAUCAGCGUUUCUGUACUGUUCUAGGCCUUGUGCCUACUGUCCCUCACUUGCUCACUUCUUGA